UCGUAUGUAUUCAAUGUAAAAAUGUAAUAGACAUAUUUUUUCCCUCGCAAUUGUGGAGUGUAUAUUUCUAACCGCAUCGUUGGUGGGCAAACUACACGAGUAUUUGAGUUUCCUUGGAUGGCGAUAUUACAAAAUAAAGAUAGCGAUUAUUUAUGUCCAGGGACGCUAAUCAACAAGCGUUAUAUACUCACUGUUGCCCACUGUAUAAGGAAUGAUCUACCGAAAAAAGUACUAUUGGGCGAGCAUACAAUUGGCCAGGCUACGGAUUGUAAUGAAAACGAGGAUUGUGCUCCACCUGUACGACAGUAUAGAAUUGAGUGUAUCACAACACACCCAGAUUUCGCAAUAAGGAAACAGCAACAUGAUAUUGCAUUAAUUCGUUUAAGUGAGGAAGUUACGUUCGAUGAUCACAUUCAACCAAUUUGUCUGCCGUACACAGCGGAUCUCAGGCGCCAUGAACCUUCGCGAUUCAUCAUCACUGGAUGGGGUAGAACGGGUGCUUUUGAAGAUUCAUCACACACUCUGCUAAAGGCGACCAUUUUCCCAGCAAAUCGGACUCUGUGCCAACAGUGGCUGAGUGGUUCUCCAAAGGGUUUCGCCUUGAAUGAUGGGCAAAUAUGCGCGGGAGGAAGAGAGCCGAACCUAGCAAACACUUGUGCUGGAGAUGGCGGCGGACCGUUGGGAUACGGAGCCCAACUCUACGGAACUCGUUUCGUACAGUUUGGUAUCUCUUCGCUUAGAGUAGCGUGCGGUACAACAGCUCCCGCUAUUUAUACAAAUAUUUCCUAUUAUAUGGAUUGGAUUUCGGCGAAUUUGAAACCAUGAGAUUUAUAAAGCAUUGCGCGUAUUCAACAAGAAUUCAACUAGAUAAGUUAGUAUAGAUCGUAGAGAUCGGUGGCGUAGCUACCUUUAGCAUGUCUGCUAAAGAUAGCUUGGGCGUCCCUGAAUAUCACGUUUCAGUUUUUCCUCGCGUUGUUUAAAACAGCCAACUUCAUAUGCCAGCAGUUCCGCACAAUUUAAACUCAAAUCAGAGACAACUCCGUUAAUUUCAACCCGCUUAACUGGUAAAUAUAUAUAUGUUCUGUACUCCUUCAUAGGCCCGUAGUCAGCAAUAUUAUCUACCUGCUUGAAACUAUUUACCACCACCCAAAGCUUAGCAGAGCGUAUUUUCGAUAUUCAUGUCGCCGAUGGAUAUCGUUCCGCCAGAACUCUGGAAAUAUGUAGUAGAUUCAAACACUUUCUGUGUUUGGCCCGGAAAAAGAUCACGAAAGGCCCGGUUGAGAAGGAUGGGUACAAUUUCGGUUGGGGAUUCGUUUUUAUUUCAAUAACCAUUUUCGGGGGAAGUAAGUUUUGUGUCAAUACAUGCUAGUAGGAGAACAAAGAGAGGGAAUGGUAAUAGCGGUACUUAUCUUUAUUUUCUUUCAACUUACAAGAUGAGAAACACUGCCACGCACACACAUAAAAGAAGAAAAAAUUUCAAAACCUCGACGAGGGGGACAACGGUUGAAAUACGCUUGAAAGCGGAUUAGUAAACUUUGCUUUAUAGCGCUACACUGCAGGGAUUGGAAAACACGUCUACACGCUCUAAGUAUCACCGAAUGAAUGAACCCCGGUUGUUAUUCGCUUCUUCGUGAAAAGAACCAUUGAACUUUUGUCUGCGUUAACUGAUAAUUUAACUAGUCGACAACGCUGUUCGAUAGCUCUUAAUGCUUGUUGCAUCAAGUCAAUGCAAAGCCCAGUAAAUAGUAUUUUAUAAUCGUCUGUAAACCGGUAGCUUGGAAAUCCUAGCUCAUUAAGCUUUCUCAACAAACCGUCGGAAAACAGGUUCAAUAGUAAAGGUGACAGAACGCCACUCUGAAGACAUCUGCAAAUACUCAACUUCCUUAUAUCUGCCUAUUUCAGCGACGCGCAAAGGAUGCGGUUAAUAAGCAUUGCGUUUACGCAACCCGCGAUAUGACUGUGCGUCGCUGCUAAAAUAGACUGGAAGAACAAAUUGUUAAAAACACCCUCAAUAUCUAGGAACACACCGAAGCUAGAUUCAACUUUUCGCUCCUGGAUGGAGCCGGUAGCACGAACAAACAAUCGAGCGUAGUUGCUGCACUGUUUUUGCCAUGGCCGCUUCAAAUUAACUAAUGUCAAUAUUUUUAUUUUAUUUUUUAUACAACGGACCCCAUAGAAAAUUUGACAGUUUUGAAGGUCAUAGGUCGAGAGCUGACUAUUCAAUACUCGACUAUAGCUCAGAUCACACGUGUACAGGCAAACAAGAUACGUAUUUUAGUGAAUGACCUCGACCAAGCAAAUAAGAUUGCUUACUGUGAGUGCUUUGCGCGGGAGUUUGAAGCAAACGUAUCAGCAAUGGCCGUAGAAAUUGACGGGGUUUUAUCCGAAUCGGGCCUGAAGUGUGGAGAACUGUUGGAGCACGUUGUUGGCUGCUUUAAGGACCCCUCACUUUAACAGGUUAAGAUCUUGGACUGCAAGCAGUUGUAUACCGCAAAUACUUAGGGGGGGUUGUAGACUGCUUAUUUUUUAUCAGGCUCGCUUCGAGUGACCUUCGCUGGGUAUUCUCUUCCCAACCAUAUCCCCCUUGACACAGUUCGUCGGGAAAUGCAGUGCAGAGAAAAAGAAGGACUCUUGCAGCAAAAAUAAUGAAAAGAUGCGCAGGCCUUCCGCAUAUCAUCCACGUAUGCAGACAUGCUAAAAAUGUUUCGAUAUCUGAUCUUUCCGAAAAUUCCUAUGCUCUUUUAGUUCGUGUUGAGCAA